UCUCUCUCUCCCUCUCUCUCUCCCUCUCUCUCUCUCUCUGUUACCAUAACAGCUCAUUGAGUCCGGACUCGGAGCGAGCGCGCGCUGCUGGAGUUUACACUCAAACCGAGUCCGAACCAGUACCAGUUCUCGGUUUUCGUUUUUGAAAAUCUCUCUUCCUCUCUCUCUCGUGUCCUCAGCCAUGUCCGAGGUUUUGCCCUACAGCGAGGGGAAAAUGAACGGCUACGGGCCGGAAGACGAGGUCGGACAAAUGUCGUUCAGCUGUCGGCUGCAGGACACAAACUCGUUUUUCAGCACUUCGCAGUCGAAAAGGCCGCCGAAACUCGGACAGAUCGGACGCGCAAAACACGUGGUCAUUGAAGAUGACCGAAUAGAUGAGGUGUUGAAAGGCAUGGCGGAUAAACCGUCCCCCGGUGUGUAGACCUCUCCUGACGCAUAAGAACCUUUUUUUGCAUUUAAUCACCGGUUUGAAGCACCGCAUGUAAAGCAGUGAAGAGCGACUGAGAAGCCUCUGAGGAUCAGGAUGCUGAGAGCGGACUGAGGAAGAGAUGAUGGUGAUGGUGAUGAUGAUGAUGAUGAUGAUGAAGGACUGGCUUGACAUGACAUGAGCGCGGGAGUUUGGGUUUAGGGGGGAAAAAAAGUGGAAUUUUCUUUCCAAGCUGCUGGUUUAGCUUAUAAUUCUCCAAACCAAAACCCGUCUAGAUAACUCCACCCACCUUCAUCACAGCGAUGAGAAGAAGUCCAGCUCGACUUCAUCCCUCAUUACGAUAUCAGUAUUCAGUAUUCAUAUCGGACAUCGGUAUGGGUUUUUAGUGCCACGUUUCUUCGAUGUAGCUGAUUCACGUGCUGUCGGAGCGCGUGGGAGUAAAUACAGGUCACGAGCUCACAAACACAGUACAUUAAAGUAAUGAAAUGCAACAGUUGAUGCUAAUCGUGUGCAUGUCAAAUGCAUGACAUUUCAACUGUAGAAUUCUUCAGCGAUAUUUCAGUAAUAAUGUGUAGUGUGUAGACUAGAGUAGUGUACACUCUUAGAAAUAAAGGUACCGAACUCUACUUUUUCCUGAAAGUCGGAUGCUGCCUCGGAAGGGACACGCUGUUUAUCUUUCAUUUAGCUUUAAAGCUACAUCACUUCUCCUUCAGCUCCACCUUUAAUUAACCUUUCAUUAAUUAAAGCAUCAUUUUUUUUUACAAGCAACAAGAAAAGUACACCUUGGCACCUUUAUCUGUCACAAGUGCACAGAAGUGUGUUUUUGCUUGCUCUAGGCUAGCUGUGGUGUUCGUGACGUAACAUCUACACGACAUGUUUCGGUGUUUGCUUCCGGCUUCCACGUCGUGCCCUAAUUACACACUUCCGACACGAAAAUAUAAGAGCGCUUGAAGGUAUCAUGAGCUCAUUUAAAAUUUUAACACACACACACACACACACACACACACACAGAUCAGGCCUAAUCCUGGUGGUUGUAUCAACCAGAGAUAAAGACGUUUCCAUGAGUCUCUAAAUAAAAUAUAAUUAUAUGCUAAUGAUAUGAUAAUUAUAUGCUAAUUAUUCCCAUAAACGCAACAGAUGAACAUGAAGUUUACAUCCAACGCCAGCAGGGAUCUAAAAGCACACAGAGGAGAGCUAAUCAUUCUGAUUUAUUUCUUAAAAAGGAAGUGGAGGAGGAGAGGAGAGGAUAUCUUGUUUAUCAUCAUGUUUUUAAUGUCCGGCGUCGUGUAAAUAGGAAAACCUCUUGGUGAUUGAGUUUUGCAUGAACUUUGUGCCAAUGCAGGUGUUCUCCUGAGCACCUGUCUCCAAAAGCCCUUCUUUUUACUGAAGUUAAUAUUUGUAUUUAAUAUUUUUUAUAAAUAAAUAUUUGGUACUUAACAUGAUAAGCUAGUGUGCAUUCAGAAAGUCACAAUAAUAAUAAUAAUAAUAAUAAUAAUAAUAAUAAUAAUAAUAAUAAUAAUAAUAAUAAUGGAGUGUUUGGGAUUUUUGAUUAUUCUGCUCGUCAUUCCAAAUCUAAAAAAAAAAUAUUUUUACUUCAUUCCACUUUUCCAUCCAGUCAUCUAACACUGUUAUUUCACACGUUUAUUUAUGUUAUUUAUUAAUUAUUUAUUUAUGUUAUACUAUUCUAUAUGGUUUGUUGUGCAUGAGAUCUGAAUAUUUUCCAAAUGAAAGAAUUUUUAUAAAGCAAAAAAAAAAAUAAUUUUGUCUCAGUUUUUCUGAAGGAUGAACCAUUUGUGCGCUCUGAUGCCAUUUCAUUGUACCUGUUGAGUUAAUAAACGGAGACAGAAGCGAUCAA